GCCUUAAGAAUGACACUCGGGGUCGGAGACAAUCCAAAAGAUGGCCUCCUCUCGCCCCCAGCUGCUCACUCAGUCGCUUCUUGUUGCCACCACCGUUGUCAUCCUCGUCGUUGCCUUCCUUGGGCAUUGGACCCCGCCGAAUCCCUCCACUGCGAUCACGACCACCAUGGCCAGCGGCACGAUGCGCGCCAUCGUCAUGCACGAGAUUGGUGGCCCUGGGGUGCUCAAGCUCCAGACGGUCCCCAAACCCACCCCCACCGCCGGAGAAGUGCGCAUCCGCGUCAAAGCCUUUGGACUCAACCGAUCCGAACUCUACACCCGCCAAGGUCAUUCGCCCGGGGUGACCUUCCCGCGGGUGCUCGGGAUCGAGGCCGCCGGGCUGGUCGACGAUGCCGCUCCGGAGUCCGGUUUCCAACCCGGGGAGGUGGUGGUCACCGCGAUGGGCGGCAUGGGACGCGCCUUUGAUGGCGGAUACGCCGAAUACACGGUGGUGCCCGCGACGCAGGUGCGACGCGUCAACACCACCGCGGCCUUUGGGGCCGAUCAGCCGGUGCCCUGGGACCUCCUGGGGGCGCUGCCCGAGCUCAUGCAGACGGCGUGGGGAUCGUUAGCCACCAGUCUGCAGCUGGAGGCCCGCGAUCGCCUGCUCAUUCGCGGCGGCACCACCAGCGUCGGUCUGGCCGCGGCAGCGCUUGCUCGCGCCCAGGGGGUGCCCGUCACGGUGACCACGCGAAACCCCGCGCGCGUCGAGUUUCUCCGGGGACUCGGCAUUGACGAUGUCAUCAUUGACGGCGGGGUGAUCCUGUCCGAGGUCCAGAAACGGGGCCCGUUCAGCAAGAUCCUCGAGCUGGUGGGUGUCACCACGUUGGAGGACUCCCUGCGCUGUGCCGCCCCGGGAGGGACUGUCUGCAUGACGGGCAUUGCCGGCAACAAAUGGACCUUUGACCAAUUCACGCCAAUGGCCUCGAUCCCAACGUCGGUCAAACUGACCACCUACGCCAGUAGUACGGAGGCUCUGCUGAAGACGCCUAUCGAGGAGAUCGCCCGCGAUGUGGCCGCGGGGAAGAUGCAGUUGCCCAUCCGGACGUUUCCGUUCGAGGAGAUUGUGGCGGCGCAUCAAUUGAUGGAGGAGGGGGCCUUGGCCAAGAUUGUGAUGUUACUCUAGGUGCUCCAAUGUGUAUCUGCAUCGUAUGUAGUUGUAAUCCUGAAUCUUUUCAAGAACCA